AUGUUCCGCUCUUUAUCACGCCGUACUAGCUUUGGGUAUCUUAUACCACGGAGGCGGGAGUUUUACGCCGGGAUUGGGGAUGGCGUGGAAAACAUUUUAAUUAAGUUUUGGGCUUCUUCCGGAUAUCAUGGUUCCUCUAUAUUCAUUGACGAAACUUUAGGCUUUGACGGCCAUGGUAAGACCUUUAAACUUCUUCUAAUAAUCUUCAUAAAUCUAAUACUCGAGCGGCAGUCCAUCUUUGCGAUGAGUCCUUGCUGCCUCUAG